ACUUCUCCGCCAAAUUCCAACUCACAAGAGCAAGCAAUUUGGUUUUCCCUUCCUUUCUUUUCCUUUCCUUUCCUUUGUCUUUUCUUCUCUUUUCCUUUCUGCUCUGCUAGACAUGAAUGGGGAGGGAAGAGGGGGAGAUGAGAGAUCGAAAAUGGAGGAAAUGGUGAAGGAAAAGCUGGUCUUUAUGUGGGGAUACCUUCCGGGAGCCUUGCCGCUAAGGGCGCCGAUUUUGUCUCCAGUCGUUGUGCGCCCCGAUGAAUACACUUGGAAGGACGUUUGCGGCGGCGGUUGCGGUUUCGCCAUGGCUAUUUCUGAGUCUGGAAAACUCAUAACUUGGGGUUCAACAGACGAUCUAGGUCAAAGCUAUGUGACAUCCGGGAAGCAUGGGGAAAUUCCUAAGCCUUUCCCUCUCCCAACUGAGUUCUCUAUCGUAAAAGCUGCAGCUGGUUGGGCCCAUUGUGUAGCAGCUACAGACACAGAUGGUGGAGAAGUUUAUACGUGGGGUUGGAAAGAGUGUGUUCCCUCAGGGAAGGUAUUUGGAGAACCAUCACCAGGGAGCAUGGAAAGGGAUGUGUUAGAAAGGCAGAGUCCAUUUUUAGCAGAGCAAGUGACCCCUCGCUCUCAACGCUCAAGAUCCGCUGGUGGAAUUGAUAGUCGUGGAGUUGGAGAAGAAAGUACAAAACGCAGGAGGAUUUCAUCUGCAAAACAAACUGCUGAAAGCUCGUCUUCCAAUGAUGAGACACUCUCAGCAUUGCCAUGUCUAGUAACGUUAAAUCCAGGGGUGAGGAUGGCUACUGUUGCUGCUGGUGGUCGCCACACUUUAGCAUUGUCAGUUUCAGAUAUAGGACAGGUGUGGGGUUGGGGCUAUGGAGGCGAAGGGCAACUUGGUUUGGGGUCCCGGAUACGCAUGGUGACCUCACCUCAUCCUGUACCUUGCAUUGACUCUUCUUAUGGAAAAGAUAGGCCUAGAGCACUUUCUCGAGGAUGCAUGGCUUCAGAAGGACAUGGUUUUAGAGUUCCUGGAAGUUAUGUCAAGAGGAUUGCCUGUGGAGGGCGACAUAGUGCAGUAAUCACAGAUGCUGGAGCACUCCUCACUUUUGGCUGGGGACUCUAUGGACAGUGUGGACAAGGGAGUACAGAUGAUGAACUGAGCCCAAUUUCUGUAUCUUCAUUGUUGGGCAUGCGGAUAGAGGGUGUUGCUGCAGGCUUGUGGCACACUGUUUGCAUUUCUGCUGAUGGUGAUGUUUAUUCAUUUGGAGGGAAUCAGUUUGGGCAAUUGGGUACUGGUGGUGAUCAAGCAGAGACUACACCCAGGCUCUUGGAUGCUUCAUGUUUGGAAGAUGCAUAUGCAAAAACAAUCUCCUGUGGGGCUCGUCACACUGCUUUAGUCACAGAGGAUCGGAAAGUGUUUUGCUGGGGAUGGAACAAGUAUGGUCAGCUUGGAUUGGGUGAUGUGAUCGACCGCAACAUUCCUUCUCCAGUUACUAUAGAGGGUUGUGUCCCUCGAAAGGUGGCAUGUGGCUGGUGGCAUACCCUACUUUUGGCCGAAUCACCUGCUUGAGUAGCUGAGCCAUGGCACAGUUUUGUUAGGUUAGAUGUUUUUCUAAUUGUUGUAUGUAUAAUAACUAGAAUACAUAUGCAUAUGCUUGUUCUCAUUCUUCCUUGGUUCAGGCUCACCUACUCACUUCUUUUGACAUUAUUAUAAGAGCUAUAAUUGCAAUUCAGAUGUAAAACAUAAUGUAGGUCCAUUAUGUAUAUAUUUUUGACAGAAUAUAUUUUUAACAGAAUUUAAACAUUAAAUGUAAUCAGAUGUGUAGGAAAA